UAUACAUAUCUGAGGAUCCAGACACAUUACACAGAGGUUAUUGUCAACUCAACGGAGGGUCUCGCUUUUGGAGCGAAUUUUUUCCCCAAAUUAACCGAAAAGAGAGAAGAAAAAAAAAACUGACUUGGAUCUAGGUAUUCUAUCAUUUUCUUUUGAUUAUCUGAGAGUUGGACUGAAGAAACGGUCAUGGAUUCAAUUGUGGAAGUAGUGGCCGUGAUUCUGGGGUUCAUCGGAUGGGUGAUGGUCGGGGUCGCGCUGCCGAAUCGUUACUGGAAGGUGUCCACUGUGGAUGGGAACGUCAUCACCACCUCCACCAUCUACGAAAACCUGUGGAUGUCCUGCGCCACGGAUUCAACCGGGGUCCAUAACUGCAGGGAGUUUCCAUCACUGCUUGCCUUGAAUGGUUAUAUCCAAGCCUCCCGUGCCCUGAUGAUUGCAUCCAUACUGUUGGGCACCUUUGGCCUGGUGGGGUCCCUGGUCGGAAUGAAGUGUUCAAAAGCAGGGGGAGAAAACUAUGUUCUCAAAGGGAGGAUUGCCGGCACCGCCGGGGUUCUAUUCCUCCUGCAAGGUCUUUGCACCAUGGUCUCGGUGUCGUGGUACGCCUUCAACAUCACCCAGGAUUUCUUUGACCCCUUCUAUCCGGGAACCAAGUAUGAAAUAGGAGAAGGACUUUACAUCGGCUGGUGCUCGGCCGUGCUCGCCAUCGUCGGAGGAGUCUGUCUCUCCUGCUCCUGCAAAGUGGGCACAAAGGAAAAAUAUCCUAUGCGUUACAAUGACAGAGGAACAGCGUACUCUGGAGCUGCACCAAGCAGAAGUGCUGCAACCAGCACUUAUGGAAGAAACGCUUACGUCUGAGCAGGAUGGCAUUUUUCUGACAUCUUCUCCCUUUUUAUUCUUGUACAUAAAUCGUUCAAGUUUUUUUUCCUUAGCUCUUUGCUGUGAACUUGCACCAUUUGCUUACUGUUGGCAGUAACUGUAAUGUAUAUAGUCACAAUUUCUGAUGAAUUUCCUGUAUAAAUCAUUACUAAGGCCAAUGAUAUAAACACUGUACAGAGCUGUUUUGCUUCUCUCUCUGCCACAACACAGACUGAGUCAUUUUACAAUUUCUGUUUGUAUUUCAUUGAUGAAAUCAGCAUGUGGGCAUUUACCAAAACAAUAAAUUAUGCUUUGAUCUUCAUGAACAAGCAGAGAUAUUUAUGCGGUAAAAAUAGAGUUGAUUCAGGUUUUAUUUGUGUUGUUUUGUACAGUUUUGUAAUGUACCGUUAGGAGAGGAUGGAGAACAAUUGUUUUGUUUCAAUUGUAUUUUUUUUUACUAUCGAAGACAAUAAAAUAUGUGUAAAAGUGAAAA